GAAAUAAAUUUCCACAAAAUUUGACUUGCCAUCCACCAAACUCUAAAAUGAAAGGCUUGUCCAUAAUAAUACACCUUCCUUAAUACACCAUUCCAGUAGCUGAUACACCCAAUAUAAUAUUGCCAACUUUUAAGAAACUAUACUUACCAGUUAGCAUGAAAAUUGACAUCCAAACUAAUAUCCACCCUUUCCCCUUACUCUCUGUUUCUUUAAGCAAAUUCUUACAGACCCCAUUUCCCUAUCAAUCCCUAUUUUUGUUACUGUAUACAAGAAUCACCAAGAUUUCCAUUUUUUUUUCUUCUAUUCCUAGCUGUCUUUGAAAGAACCCCAGUAGCAAGAAAAUGCUACUAACAACUAACAACUACCCCAGCUAAUGAAAUUCUAACUAUUUAUUCCUCCUACCACAUUAUAUAUUAAUAAGAAAUUUCCAAACUUUCUUUUGUUAUUGGGGCAGUUACCCAUUAAAGCUCUGGUCUUUUUGUUGUUUUGGGCCAAUUGAGAAGUCAGAAAAUGAGGAGUUGGAGUAGGGGAUUUUUGGGUGUUCUUUGUCUUGCUUUCUUGUUGAAAAUUGAAGGCGUGAAAUUUCACAGGUCUGAACAUACUGAGAGAAUAUCAGGAAGUGCGGGUGAUGUCCUGGAAGAUAAUCCAGUUGGGAGAUUAAAAGUCUUUGUCUAUGAGCUUCCCAGCAAAUACAAUAAGAAAAUUCUGCAGAAAGACCAGCGAUGCCUCAAUCACAUGUUUGCAGCUGAAAUCUUUAUGCAUCGUUUCCUAUUAUCUAGUGCUGUUCGAACCUUUAAUCCCGAGGAAGCAGAUUGGUUCUACACCCCCGUUUACUGUACUUGUGACCUCACACCAAAUGGCCUUCCUUUACCCUUCAAGUCACCGCGUAUGAUGAGGAGUGCAAUACAGCUUAUUUCAUCUAGCUGGCCUUACUGGAAUAGGACAGAAGGAGCUGAUCACUUCUUCAUUGUGCCUCACGAUUUUGGUGCAUGUUUUCACUAUCAAGAAGAAAAAGCUAUUGAGAGGGGAAUUCUUCCAUUGCUCCAACGUGCUACCUUGGUUCAAACUUUUGGACAACGAAAUCAUGUUUGUUUGAAGGAUGGCUCAAUUACAAUUCCUCCAUAUGCUCCCCCACAGAAAAUGCAGUCCCACUUGAUCCCUCCAGAUACACCCCGGUCUAUCUUUGUUUAUUUCCGAGGCUUGUUUUAUGACGUUAAUAAUGACCCAGAAGGUGGUUACUACGCAAGAGGUGCCCGAGCAGCAGUGUGGGAAAACUUUAAAAACAAUCCUCUCUUUGAUAUUUCUACUGAGCAUCCAACCACUUACUAUGAAGACAUGCAGCGAGCUAUCUUUUGCUUGUGCCCCUUGGGAUGGGCACCGUGGAGUCCGAGAUUGGUUGAAGCAGUUAUAUUUGGAUGCAUCCCUGUUAUUAUAGCAGAUGACAUUGUCUUGCCAUUUGCUGACGCAAUCCCCUGGGAAGAUAUAGGCGUGUUUGUAGCUGAGAAAGAUGUCCCAAAUUUGGACACCAUUCUCACUUGUAUUCAACCAGAAGAAAUAUUGAGAAAGCAGAGAUUGCUUGCCAACCCUUCAAUGAAGCAGGCAAUGUUGUUUCCAACACCUGCUCAAUCAGGUGAUGCUUUCCAUCAGAUCUUGAAUGGACUUGCACGUAAACUGCCACAUGACAAGAGCACUUACAUGAAGCCCGGGGAGAAGUUCUUAAACUGGACUGCUGGUCCAGUUGGUGACCUAAAACCUUGGUAGACACUGGCUCAUUGAGAUGAUGUCAGUCUUUUGUUUGGAUUCAAACUUGCUUCUCCGAAUUGUAAAUUUUAACCAUGUAAUUUCACAAGACUCCAUAUUCAUUUUUGGACCUGCAGCGUUCUGCAAUUAGAAAUAUGAGUAUGUGCACUCUCCUACUUGUGCCGAUAUAAUACUAGCAUGGUAUCAAAAA